AUGACAUCAUUAACUCGCUGUCACGAGCGUUUAGAUGAACUCGGUAACACCAUGGCCUCAACGAACACUCACCUAGCUUCUGUUGAACAAAAACAGGCUGAGAUCCAUCCCCUAAACGAUGCAGUGAGUCAUUUUCAAAAAAAUCUUAAUAUGAUGGCUCAGAAACAAUUAUCAAACGAAUUGGAAAUAAUUGGCAUCCCAGAAAACAAAAAUGAAAAUCUAACUUACACUGUCUUGGUAGCAUCCCGCAAGAUUAGAAUAGAUUUGGCUGAUCUAGAUAUUGAUUGGGUGGCGCAUGUUGGACCGCAACGUGCAUUUUAG